AUUUCAGAGAGUGAAUAAAUGCAUGAUGGCAGAGUAUAGGAUAGGGUACUUCAGUGGAUAAAUUUUAAGCUUCAAAAUGAAGAAAGUUUUGCGACUUGUAAAGGGGAAAAACAAGGAUAAGGAUAAGGAAGGUUCCAUAUCGUCCCGGGGUUCAAUGCUAUCUCUAGCUGUGGGCCACAAACCAUCAGGUUUUUUGGGAAACUCUUCCUCUCCUCUUUCCCAUGGGAGAACACCUCUCCGACUGUUUCAGUCGACCACUGCUCUAGAUAUUGGCAGUGUAUCCAGCUAUGGUCUAGAACUCAAAGACAAAACUGUUUCAAAAAUUCAUCACGCUGCAUUGAACGGCGAUCUAGAAAAGUUAAAGAAAUAUUUGAAGAAGUUGGACAUUAACCUGAUAGACUCAAGGGGGAGGACACCGCUUCAUCUAGCAGCUUCUGCUGGACAUAUAAAUAUAUUAUUCCAGGACACCGCUUCAUCUAGCAGCUUCUGCUGGACAUAUAAAUAUACUAUACCAUCUAGGCAGAGAAAUAUUGACUCGUUAGCUGUGAUAUUAAGAAAAGGUUCGAACCCUGAUACUCUCAGCCAUGACGGUCUAUCCCCGCUACAUCUGGCGGUCAGCAUGGGAAACCCAGAGUUACUCCUUUGA